GGCACGACGAACGUGCGGCCCUUCGAGUUCGUGCUCGCUCCAGAUCGUGUCCGCCCGCCGUGGAGCACUCGCACGACUUCAUGGAGACGUCAUCUUCCCCUUCGUCUUCUUCCUCAUCCUCCUCCUCCUUUGCCAUCACGAGCACCCACACCACAUAUACCUCCACCUCCAGCGGCGGCGGCGGCGGCGUGCACAUCCCAGUGGAGAUCGUGAGCGAGGAAGAGAUGGCGUUCAUUGAAGCUGCCCUGGCCUCCACUCGCCCCUUCCUCGCCUCUUCCGCUUGCCCCUCUUCUUCCUCCCGAUUCGCCCUCUUCUCUUCCCUUACCUCCAUCCUCCCCUGCUCCUCCGUUCCGCCGACCUCCCCCGGGCCUCGUUCCUUCGCCACGUCGUCGGACAUUGAGGAUACCGUCCCGCCGACCUCCCCCGGGUCUCGUUCCUUCGCAACGUCUUCGGGCAUUGAGGAUAUCGUCCCGCCUAGAUCCUCCCUUCUCGAUCAAUUUCGAUCCAAAAGGGGGCUUUCCGUUACUGACUUCACUUCCACGGAAUGGUGCGAAAAGCAAAUGGAGUUUUUGCUUCAUUGGGGAAAGCCAAAGAGAACUGAAGCUAUGAAAGCUGGUUCUGAUCGUCAUAGCCAACUCGAAAAGGAGGUGUCAGAAAAGAUUGAACUUCAUAUUAAGACUAUUGAAGAUUCUUGGGCAAUAAGAUUGAUGAACUUCAUUGUCGGCACAAACCAUUUAUUAUUUGAAGGCAUAACCCGUGAGCUUCCUGUAGUUGGAGUUAUUGAAGGUGUAUGGAUGGUGGGAGUAAUUGAUGAAAUUAGGAUCUCAAGAGAUGGAGGUGCUGGUUUACCUUUGUUGGUGGAUACAAAGACACGUCUUAAAGCAACAGUACCUUCCGCAGCACAAAAGAGAAAUGGAAGGCUUCAGUUGAUGUGCUACAAAUUCCUCUGGGACAAUUUGGUGACCAAUACCUUCCCCACAGAACAUUUCUUUCGUCGCUUUGAAUUGAAUCGCCAAUACACACUGACUGGAGACAUCAAGAAAUACAUCGAUUCAUUUGGACUUGACUUAAAGUAUAGGAAGCUGAGGCUUUGGCUUUUCGUAGUACUCUUGUUUGUGAUCCCAUUUAUUUAUUGCCUACAGACUCUUGAUGAUGUAUUAUCUCAUUUCCGAUAUACAUCCAGUUUGCUAUCCCAAUCCGACGAACAACUCCUCCUGAGAUACGAGUUACAAUCCGAUCAGUCAUUACUAGAAGAAUACUAUUUUCCCUAUGAUUCUAAUUGGCUUAAGACACAGAUCAACAGGGGCCUUGAGUUUUGGUUGGGACACAGGGAAGCAAGCUUUGUGUCAGAAGAUGAGAAAUGGAAAUGUCAGUUCUGUGAUUUUGUCUCCGAUUGUCCAAUAUCAGUUAAUUCGUCCAGGGACCGCACAAGAAGUAAAUAACCAGCUUUUAGUUACACAUUUUGUCUCGGUCAUUCAAUGCUUGCACAAGAUGAGACAAUUGCAUUACAACUUAUAGAAAGUUUACAAACUGAUAAAAAUUCGCUGACACUUUGAAACUGUCCAAGAAAGUCCACUCCUGCAAUCGAUUUGGAUUGAAAUUGCCCUCAUCCAUUUCGUUUCAUUUCCACUGAUCAUGGAACCAAUUUUACCUACUACAUUUUUUUUUGUCUAUUUAUUUCCUAUGGAUAAUUCAUUAUUAUGUACUUUUGCUUUGAA